AUGGUCAACAAUACACCCCGCGGCGGCAGGCGCCCUUUCCCGCCUCGCCGAGCCAAGACAGACCUAACAGGCUUCCUGACUCACGAGGAGAACCUGGCCCUCAUCGCCCUCAUAGGAGAAAUAACCAGGAGAAUGGACGUCCAGAUCACCAAUACCUUCAUACCCAUAAUCCCUGUCAAGAUCGACAAUAAAUCCUCUUCCAACACAGUAUUUGGUGGCAAGGAAAAUAGCACGGCCUCCCAGAAUGGCAGCAGGUCCUCGGUACCGGGCUAUUCGAAGACACAGCAGACCGCACUCAAGUCGUAUAGCAAUGCCCACGUGCCGGCUGCCGAUCAGGCCUCGGAAGUGGCCAGGAGAGACGUCCAACACGAUGUCCACGCCAAGGCUGGCAAGCCCCAGCAUCAAGAGCUAAAAAAAGAACUCCUUGCCAUAUUCAGGAAAUGGCAGACAAACCUCCACAUACGCAUAGAAGAUGUUUUUGUCAAACCUUCCUCCGAUGGCACCCCAGUCAUGAGCCACCGCGGCGGGCGUGGCACAGGACGCGGAACGCGUGGCGGUCGAGGUGAUCAUGAGUCUCCUCGUGGUGGUUCACGGUCUGCUGGUGCCGCGCUCCGUGGCGGUACUCGAGGCGGCUUUCUUCGCCCUGUUGUGAGGCUCCCUGGUCAGGCAGUGACGCCUCCAGUCAAUGAUCUUGACCCCUAUCUCAAGCGCCGGUUUCCACCCCUGUAUACGUGGCUCAGCGGUCUCCCGUUGGAUAAGCGCAAGCUUCUGCUUCAUGCAACCAUGCUUCUUGUGCUCUCGAUGGAAACCUAUUCUGCGUUCGCUCGGAUUCUGAUGCUUCAUUUAGCAUCGUCUCUAGGACUCUCUAUGGAGAUCCUGUUCGAGGACGAAAACCGUGUUGCUCGGGGUUUAGGCUCAGCCGCCGCCGGUGUUGAUCUUGACGCAAUUCUCCAGCAGAAAACCACUGAGAGUAAGAAAUCUCGCAAAUGGAAAGCUGCUGGUGCGGCUCUGAUCGGCUCCGCAGGGGCCUUGGCCGCCCCCCUGGCCUCGGCCGGCAUUAGUUGUGUCGAGGGUGGCAUCAAGCUGAGCGACACAGCAGCCGCUGGCCUCCUUGGCUCCGUGGCCCACAACGGCAUUGUUGUUGGCAACAUGUUCGGCAUAUACGCUGGAAGAGACACGGGCAAAAUGAUCGAUCAGUAUGGAAAGGAUUCUGCUGAUUUUGCAUUGUUGUCUCUGAACGGCACAUCCGAGGAAGGAUACCGCGACGCUAAGCUGGUUCCUCCUUCAAGUCGUCGUAUGAAGUUUGCCAUUGGUGUCAGUGGCUGGUUGACGAAAGAGGAUGGCUUUGUUGUUCCUUUCCAGUGCUUUGGACCCCAAGCUGAGUGCUUUACUUUACGAUACGAGGUUGAAAACCUUAUGAACUUGGGCACUGCGCUUGAACUGGUCAUCAAAAGUGCCACUUGGGCAAUGGUGAAGAAGGAGAUGAACAGGCGCCAUGUCAUGACAUGUCUCAAAGACGGCAAAUGGCCAGUCGGCUUGGUCCGAGUCAGCAAGAUCCUCGACAAUCCAUGGUCCAUCGGUAUGGUGCGAUGUGAAAAGGCGGGUAUGGCCCUGGCCGAAUGCAUCGGACGCAAGACUCAGGGCGACCGGCCCGUAUCGUUGGUCGGGUACAGCCUGGGUGCCCGCGUCAUCUACACUUGUCUCAUGGCUCUGGCGGAGAGACGCCAAUUCGGACUUGUCGAGUCGGUGGUCAUCAUUGGAGCUCCUGCGCCAUCUGACCCCGGUAUCUGGUGCGCCAUGAAGAGCGUCGUCAGCAGUAGGCUGAUUAAUAUCUUUUCCGAAAACGACUAUGUUCUCGGAUUUCUCUACCGCACAUCCAACACCCAUUCUGGUGUUGCUGGCCUCGAGCCGGUGACGGGUGUGGAGGGCGUCGAAAACUUCAGUGUCAGCCGUGGCUUCAAUGGACACUUUCGGUACCAGUUCAUGGUGGGGUCCAUCCUGAAGAUGGUCGGUUGGGAAGACAUCAACCAUGCACAAGUGUCUCGGGAUGAGGACAUGCUGGCGAAAAAGGACAACAAGUACAACAGAGACAAGAUUAUCAAGGCCGCACAUCUCCCGCUCGACAAGAACGUGCGGCCAGUGCUCUCGACCAGACUGAUGCCUCUCAUGACGGGUACGGGCAAAACAGUGCCGCUACGAAGCUCAGCUGGCCGCGAGAAUGCCUUCAAGCUCGAUCCUCGCAUGACCAAGAUUCAGAUGCAUGGCUAG